AACAGGUUCAGCCUUGGUGUCCCGUUGUUCGAUCCGUCCCGAUCGCCGCAAUACCUGUAUCUAAAGGCCUUUGUAUUCAUGGUGUGACUUUAAGGAUGCGAAUGUCCAGCGACGAUGGCCACCAAAAUCCACCACAAGACAACCUUUGAGGCUGCCAAAACCAUUGAGCCGAUUUUCACGGGCGGCGAUGUUUCGCACAAUGCAAGCGGCUCUUUCAUUGCAACGUGCGUCGAUGAGGAUGUCUUGAUUGUCAAUGUGCAGACCGGCAAGGUGCUCUGUCGUAUCGAAGGGGAUGGAGAAGCUGUGACAAGCCUGUGUCUGGCUCCGGAUUUAUACCAUUUAGUCAUUGCUUCGCGGUCGCUUUCACUACGGAUCUUUUCACUCAGACCUCUAGAAGGAUCUGGCACAAUAACUGCGGAACUUACGCGCACACUGAAGCCACAUACCACCCCGGUGGUGUCCUCGGCUAUAGAUGCCACGGGGUCACUGCUCGCGACGGGAGGCGCCGAGGGAACGGUGAAGGUAUAUGACCUCAGAGGUGGUUAUGUCUCGCAUACAUUCCAUGGCCACGGCGGGGUCGUUUCUGCUCUUCAUUUCUUCGAAACACAGUCAACAAGCCCAUCACAUGCCAAGACGAGCCGCAAGCGAAAGAGCCGCGGGGAAGACCAGAUGGAGGUCGACGACCCAUCUCCCGCUCGAUCGAUCUAUCUUGCUUCCGGCGGCGAAGAUGGAAAGAUCCGCGUCUGGAACCUAGCUGCUCGCAAACCCAGCGCUACCCUGGACUCACACGUUAGCGUUGUGCGAAGCCUGGAAUACUCCGAAGAGCAACAACUCCUCCUCUCAGCAAGCCGCGACCGGACAAUAAUUCUCUGGGAUGGCCGGACAUGGAAACAGCAAAGAGUUAUUCCGGCUCUGGAGGUGCUGGAAACAGCCGGUUUUCUGCUGGAAGGUCGAUUUUGCUAUGCUGGAGGAGAAAAUGGCGCAGUGAGGAUCUGGAACGUCACCACAGGCCGUGAAGUAACUCCCAAACAGAAACCAGGGCUUGAGAAUGAUGCUAUCACAGCUAUCAUCCCGGUGUCUGAGGAUGACGCGGUUCUGUCUAUCCAUCAAGAUCAAACGAUGAAGUUGCAGAGUAUCUCUGCUCUGCGAGAUCUCGGAAAGUCACAGUCGCUGGAGCCUUUACCAGUGAUUCGCACGAUAUCUGGAAACUAUGAUGAAGUUAUUGACAUGGCGUGUGUCGGUCCCGACAGGACUCUGCUGGCACUUGCCACCAACACGGAGAGUCUCAGACUGAUUUCGAUUCGAGACAAUGAUCAACAAGCAAAGUCCGACCCUCCAGACGGCGUCGAGUCUUUCGGAAACGAUGUUGCGCUGCUCGAGGGGCACGAAGACAUUAUCAUCUGCUUGGACGUCGAUUGGUCAGGAUAUUGGGUAGCAACCGGUGCAAAGGAUAACACUGCAAGGUUAUGGAGAUUAGACCCUGCCUCAUCAUCGUACGAAUGCUUUGCUGUUUUCGCCGGACAUGCAGAGUCCUUGGGCGCCAUCGCAUUACCUAGAAGCCCACCCACGGAUGGGCCGGCUUUGAGGAAUCCAGCAGCAUACCCGCCAGCAUUCCUGUUAACGGGCUCACAAGACAAAACUAUCAAACGAUGGGACACAGCGAAACUUAAGUACGACCAGUCAGCAACAGAACCUCAAACAGGCACGAAAGCCUUGUUCACCCGAGUUGCGCACGAGAAGGAUAUCAAUGCAAUGGACGUGUCACCCAUCUCACCACUAUUUGCUUCAGCGUCUCAAGAUCGCACUAUCAAGGUGUGGUCUCUGGAAGAUGGUUCGGUGACGGCCAUCCUACGCGGCCAUAAGCGAGGUGUCUGGUCCGUUCGCUUCUCUCCUGCAGGGACACCUCCCAUUUCUCUCCCAGACGGGGGAUCAAGUGGCGCUCGCGGACUGCUUGUGAGUGGCUCAGGCGACCGAACAGUCAAAGUAUGGUCCCUUUCAACCUACACCUGUCUCCAAACGUUCGAAGGGCACAGUAAUUCCGUGUUGAAAGUUGUUUGGAUCCCACCCGCCGAUUCCAAACCCAAAGAUGACGAUGCUGGAGAAGCAGCCCGGCCUGCCCAAGCGCAGUCAAACGAUCAACCCUUAGUAGCAUCCGCAUCCUCCGACACGCUGGUCAAAAUCUGGACGCCAUACUCCGCCCCCGACUCCGACCAUCUCCUAACCACCCUGGACAACCACACCGAUCGCGUGUGGGCGCUGGUCGCGCCAAACUCCUACCCGCGGACAACAACAUCUUCGUCCGCUGCGAGCAAAAAGCACAGCAAGCCGCAACCGCAAACCUAUCCUUACUCGCUGAUAUCGGGCGCCGGCGACGCAACCCUGACAUUCUGGCGUGACACCACGCUUCAAACCACAUUGCUGGCGUCUCAACGCGCGACUGAGCGAAUCGAACAAGACCAGCUCCUCCAGAACCACAUAUUCAGCAAAAACUACCGCGAGGCCAUCACCCUUUCUUUGGCGCUGGGCCACCCUGGUCGACUGCUGCGCGUCUUCGAGAAUGUGGUCAAUUCAUCCGAAUCCCGGAAAGAAACGGUCGAGGAUGGAGGCGACGACGACAAUGGUAGCGGCGGCAGCAGCAUUAUGGGCUCGAAAGCGGUGGAUGACGUCCUCGCCUCCCUGGACAGGACGCAGCUCUGGCAGUUGCUGGAGAACGUGCGAGACUGGAACACGAACGCCCGCACAGCCCCCGUGGCCCAGAGGAUCCUCAACUGCCUGCUGCGGUCGUACCCGAAGGACGUGUUCGUCGAGAUGGCCCGGGACCGGAAGAUAGGCGCCGUGGGCGGCGAGACGGAGACGACCAGGGGCCGACGAAACGCGGGCAGCGGAGCCGGCGGGAUGAAAGGGCUCUUGAGGGCGUUGGAAGUCUACACGGAAAGGCACUACAAGAGGAUGGAGGAGUUGGUCGACGAGAGCUACCUGAUCGAGUACACGCUCAGGGAGAUGGAUGAGGUUGCUGGCGUCUCGGCCGCGGGUGGACUGAACGGGCCGCUGCUCGCCAACGGGCACGAGGUGCAUGAUAAGGGCAUGGACGGAGAUAUUGUCAUGGUAUAAUCAAUCGGAUGGCGAUGACGGCGCUGUUGCUGUCGUGCAAUUUUAAAGAAAAGGGUCAUAAUGGGUAUUCAUAUUCUCUCGGAGCGUAAACCUACUGUCUAUGGAAGCUUCGGCGGUUGCUCUUCCC